AUGGAAGGUCACGAGUCCCGAAGUUCCAGAGCCAGCGACUCCCCCGGGGACACCAUGAACGACGUUUACGCUGCAUGGCAUGAAAUGCUAGAGAGCGAGGGGGCAGGUCUAGCGGCGCGAGUUGCAGAGCUAGAGGUGCGAUGUUCAAGGCAGGCUGAGGAAUUAUUGUGCCUGCGUUCCACUCUCGCUGAUGCUUUACGAAGACUGAAUGCGUUAGAGGGAAGAGCCCCCCCGUCGACCGGCAACACACAGAGAAAUGGGGCUUAUGCUGGAACCUCAGGCACGCCGACCCGCGAGCUGCGCAUCAGGCAACCUUCCUACAGGGAAUCUGUGAAACGUACAUCGAGCUACGGCUCUACCGCUUCUUCACUAUCACAAAGGCGAGGCCCGCAACACCAAUCAACAGGUUCUCUCCAAUCGGACUCACCGGCCUCCUCCUCGUCUCUAUCACCGGCGCCCUCUCCCUCCCCGCGCGCUACCCCCGCGCCCUCACACAUACAGCCGUACAGAUCGCGUAAUAACUCGACGUCCGGCAACCAGAGCCCGGCCGCGAACAGCCUCACCAAGCGGUGGAGCUCCACAGGGGACUUCAAUACACAGGGCCUGCUGCCUAACACUAGGUUUACUACCACCAAGUCGUUGCUAAAUUUGUAUUCUAAACAAACAUCGCAAAACGGAUCUAUCUUGAAACAUGGCACGCACACCUGUCAGUACAACGAAGAGGAUGGCUCCAUGAGGAUGUUCAUCCGGGGCCGCCCCGUGAUCAUGUACGCGCCUAGCGACCACGACGGCUUUGAUCCUGCAAAGGUAGCCCCUCCACCGCAGAAUAAACUCAAGUUAGAGUGGGUGUAUGGGUAUAGAGGCAAAGACUGUCGCAGCAAUCUCUACUUACUGCCUACUGGAGAAAUAGUAUAUUUUGUCGCUGCCGUAGUGGUUUUAUUCAACGUAGAGGAACAAUGUCAGAGGCAUUACACUGGGCACACUGACGACGUUAAAUGUAUUGCUAUACACCCUAACAAGCUGGUUAUAGCUAGUGGACAGUGUGCGGGUCAUGACAGGCUGGACGCUAGGCCCCACGUGCGAGUAUGGAACUCCGUGUCCCUGGCGACGCUGGCGGUGUUGGGCGCGGGGCACGUGGAGCGCGCCGUGGCCUGCCUGACGUUCUCGCGCGCGGACGGCGGCGCGCUGCUCGCCUGCGUGGACGACGGGCCCGACCACACCAUCUCCGUGUGGGAGUGGCAGAGACCGGAUAAAGGCCACUGCUUGGCUGAGACUAAGAGUUCAGUGGACACGGUGGUGGCGGCAGAAUUUCAUCCACUGGAUCGAAACCAAAUAGUGACUUGCGGUAAAGGACACAUAGCCUUCUGGACGCUGGAUGCUUCAAACGUUCUGUAUAAACGUAUGGGCGUGUUCGACACCAGGGACAAGCCUAAAUAUGUCACGUGUCUUGCCUUCAACCAGAAUGGCGACGUGAUCUCGGGCGACUCGAGCGGCGCGCUGACGGUGUGGGCGCGCGGCACGAGCGCGGCGGCACGGCAUGUGCGCGGCGUGCACGACGGCGCCGUGUUCGCGCUGCUGGCGCGCAAGGACGGCGCCGUGCUCAGCGCCGGCGGCAAGGACGGCCGCGUCGUGCUCUUCGACGCCGACCUGCGCCCCGCCGGCCAAGAGGCCGUGAUCGAGGGCCACUACGGCGGUGUGCGCGCGCUGGCGGAGGGGCGCGGCGCGCAGCUGUUCGUGGGCACGACGCGCAACUGCGUGCUGCACGGUGACCUGCAGCUCGGCUUCGUGCCCGCCGUGCUCGGGCACGCGGACGAGGUGUGGGGGCUGGCGGCGCACCCCUCGCUGGCGCAGUUCGCGUCCGCCGGCGCCGACCGCCUGCUGCAGCUGUGGGACGGCCUCGGGCACUGCACCGUCUGGAGCAAGGACAUCGAGGAGCGCGCGCAGUGCGUGGCGUGGAGCGCGGACGGCGAGGCGCUGGCCGUGGGCUGCGCGGGCGGGCGCUGGCGCGUGUACUCGCCCGCCACGCGCGACCUGCUCGCCGCCGCGCAGGACGGAACGGAAACUAUACAAACGAUAGUGUACGCGCCCAGCGGCGAGCUGGUGGCGGUGGGCUCGCGCGACAACUUCAUCUACGUGUACGAGGUGGACGGCGCGCGCUACUCGCGCCGCGGGAAGUGCCUCGGUCACUCCAGCUUCAUAACUCAUCUGGACUGGUCUGAGGAUAGCCAGUACAUCCGCAGCAAUUCUGGCGACUACGAGCUGCUAUUCUGGAACGCGACGACCUGCCGGCAAGUGACGUCGGCGUCGUCGCUGCGCGACGUGGCGUGGGCCACCAACAACUGCCCCAUAACCUUCCACACGGUGGGCGUGUGGCCCGAGGGCGCCGACGGCACCGACAUCAACUCUUGCACCAGAUCCCCAGAUAAUAAAUUGGUAGCGACUGGAGAUGACUUCGGCAAAGUGAAAUUGUACGCGUAUCCUGUUACACAGCCCAAGUCGCUGUGCGCGGCGUACGGCGGGCACUCGGCGCACGUGACGUGCGUGCGCUUCCUGCCCGACGCCGCGCGCCUGCUGUCCGCCGGCGGCAACGACGCCGCGCUCAUGCAGUGGCUCGUGGAC